ACCUUUGCUGCAUCUGACAGACAUGUUUCAUAAUACUACAACUGAAGAUAGGGCUGUUUUAGUGGAGUUUGAGGAAAACCAGAAUGAACUUCAAACUGAGCUCAGAGCAAUGACCACAAUGGAUCAUCAAGGUUACCAUCCAUUGCAGAACAGCAUGUAUGAUGUGCGCACUGGACAGCCUGGAGGACCUCAGCUGGUUCAGCACACCACUGUGAACAUCACUGCCGAGCCCCCCAAGGACCAUAUAAUCUGGUCCCUCCUCUGUUUUGUUUACUUAAAUCCUUGUUGCCUUGGGCUUGCAGCUCUCAUUUAUUCUAUCAAGGCCAGAGACCGGAAGGUGGCCAGAGAUCUGGAGGGUGCACGACAUUAUGGCUCCACUGCUCGCCAGUUUAACAUCGCUGCCACAGUCCUGGUUGCUAUUGGGAUCCUGGUUUCCAUUAUUAUAAUCAUUGUUCUGUUUAGGCAACUGCAUAUCCUGUUCACAUCUGACUGCUCAGCAAAACAGAAGUUUGCGGAUGACACAACAGUGGUUGGAUACAUCCCUAACAACAAUGAGUCUGGCUACAGGCAGGAAGUGGAACACCUGGAAGGUUGGUGCAGAGAGAACAAUCUCUGCAUCAAUGUGACAAAAACAAAGGAGAUGAUCGUGGACUUCAGAAGAGUCAGACACCCCCUCCUCCCCCUGCACAUUGGAGGAUCUGUGGUGGAAGUGGUCCCCACAUACAGAUGUGUGGUUGAGAGCAUCCUGGGAUCCUGCGUCACCGUGUGGCAUGGAAGCUGUUUUACGGCAGAGCAGAAAGCUCCACAGAGGGUGGUGAAGGCUGAGCAGAGGACGGCUGGACUUAGCUUCUCCAUCACCAUGGACAUUUACACUUCCACAUGCAGAAAAAGGGCCACCUGCACCUCCACCUGA